AUGUCCACCACCGGAGGAAGACAUCAAAUUCUACAAGAACAUCACGACCAACAACACACAACGAUUAAUUACAAUCAUCACGCGCCGUCGUCACCUGCACCGUAUUACUGCAACAUGCAGAAACAAGCAGCACUUCCCCAUCUAAGCUUCUGGCCUCUGCAUCAUUUCGACGUCCCUGAUAUUGAGUUGAAAGGACGAACAAAGUCGUUGCUAUUCUUGUUCUUGGCCGAUCGCCAGGCCGUGCUUCCCCGUUGGUGUGAAGCAGCGGCCCUUGUUGCCUCCAUCAGAGAUCCUGAUCCUGAUCCUGAUCGCUUGCCGGGUAAAUUUGCCUGUCCGCAACUUGCUCCCACAAUCUUGUCAGUGACAAGACUCAUUUUUGGCACCUCCACGACGAUCCUUCCAAAUCCAAAAGCCAAGCACUCCUAG